GAAAGGUAUUAAAUAUUGAUAGAAUUAUUUGAGUACGGAGGAAAAUAUAUGGCUACGCAUUGCAAGGAUCAAUCUUUCGAUACGGUCGCAGACUGUGACGAGGACGAGCAAGUGGGUGGCCCGUUACUAAUUAACAAAUUGGAAACUAACGGCAUUACUAAUAAUGACAUACAACGACUUAAAAGUGCAGGCUAUCACACCGUGGAAUCUGUAGCUUUUAGCACACGAAAAGAUUUGUUAAAUAUCAAAGGACUUGCGGAUGCCAAAGUGGACAAAUUAAUAACACACGCGCAAAGUUUAGUGCCUAUGGGUUUCAAUACUGCUUCCCAUGUAUAUCAGAGACGUUCCGAGAUCAUAAUGCUAACGACUGGUUCAACAGAAUUAGACAAGUUAUUAGGUGGUGGCAUAGAAACGGGUUCAAUUACUGAAAUAUUUGGUGAAUUCCGGUCAGGUAAAACUCAAUUGUGUCAUACAUUAGCGGUCACCUGUCAACUGCCCAUAAGUCAAAACGGUGCCGAAGGUAAAUGUUUGUAUAUUGAUACCGAAGGUACUUUUCGACCAGAACGGUUCGUGUCUAUUGCGGAUCGAUUCCAUUUGAUUAAAGACGACGUUUUAGAAAAUAUAGCUUGCGCUCGAGCUUACAAUUCUGAUCAUCAGACAGAAUUACUUAUGCAGGGAGCAGCAAUGAUGGCCGAAUCCCGAUAUGGCUUAAUCGUUGUGGACAGUGCAACCGCUUUAUACAGGACAGAUUAUGUUGGACGAAGUGAAUUAGCUCCUCGUCAGGCGCAUUUGGCAAGAUUUAUGCGCUUACUUCUCAGAUUAGCGGACGAAUUUGGCGUAGCUGUUGUUAUCACCAAUCAAGUAGUAGCUCAGGUUGAUGGCGGCAGUAUGUAUCAGGCUGAUGCCAAGAAGCCUAUAGGCGGUAACAUAAUAGCUCAUGCUUCAACAACUCGUUUAUAUUUGCGCAAAGGACGCGGUGACAAUAGGAUUUGCAAAAUUUAUGACUCUCCCUGCUUGCCCGAGUCUGAAGCAGUUUUUGCAAUAUUACCAGAAGGUAUAGGUGAUGCUAAAGAAAAAUAACCAAUCUACCAUACUAACAUCCAUCUAAGACCGCAUCAUGUUUUUCUAUGCAUUUGUUUGUUGUUUUUGUUUGAUAUGUUGAUGUUUCAGACGAUGCCAUGUACACGUUGAUCUAGAACUUAUAACGUAAAGCUUCCUAUCCUAUAAAUAUGUUAAACAAAAAAAAGUUGAACAAUAAGAACAAUAAGUUAAACAUAUAUAAGUAGGCAAAUAAAAACUAAAAGAAAAAAAAAAACUAAAAUAGGGAAAGAGCUAAUACGCAUCAAAAUAAGUGCACGCCCAUCGGCUAUAACCGUAGAGCUUUAUGAGCACAUGAGAUAAGCGUACAUGUAAAAUUUGGCAACAGAUCGUUGAAAAAUUAAACUCACUAGACGUUCUUCUUCGAGUGUAUUAUCCAAUUCCGGUAACAUUGAAGUUUAUAGCAAAGGACGUGCAAUGGGCUAAGUAGUUUAUAGUUAGUAUGCAUUAACCUGUUUCAAUUAACUAAAAUUGGCGAGUUAUGCGCGUUAUUAGCAAUUUCUUUGGGUGAGUUCUAGACCAGCUUUCACUUUUAUUUAAAAAAAAGAGAACAACAGAAGUGAAAUUUCGACUCUCUUCAACAUUAAAUUCUUUCUAUUCUUGUGCAGAGCUAAAUAGAUGGCAGAUGGGUUUAUCUGUCGUAUAGCUUGCGGUCUUUAAGUAAAGUUUUUGAAAAUGGAAGCACUCUCAACAUAUAUGCUGCACUGUAAGUGUUUUCGACGAUCGAUUUAAUCCAUUUUCGAUAUUAAAAUUCCAUAUGAAACAUACUUGAAACACAAAUGUAAAUAUUUUCUUAAUUACACAAGAGAACAUUUAGAGUUUGAUACCGAUGAGCAAGUUUUUUUUUGGGUGUCGUCGAAUAUCUUUUU